UAACUUUGAACGAAAAAAAUCAUUAUCUUUGGAUCAAAAAUUAAAUCUAGAACAAGAUUUGAAACAGAUUCUUCCAUUUUACCUCACGCAAAAUCACAUUCCCCAAAGUGAAAUGAGGAUUGAUUCUAAUAUAAAUAUGAAUCCAAUUCGGGGACAGAAUACAGAACAAAUGGUUUCGAUGAAUGAUGUCGUAGAUUAUACUUAUAAUGUCACUCAACCACAGCAACAAAUUGAUUCCAACAAUGUCUCAAGUUUUAAUAGAAAUUCAAGUUCAUUUCACAGAAGUAUUGGAAAUAACGUAAUAACGACCGACAACCAAAAUAAUGUUAACGGAGGUUACAUUCACAAUGUCAUUCAUCCACAGCAACAAGUUGACUUCAAUGACAUAUCACCACCUCAGAUGAGACCUGUAUACAAUAAUUAUAGAAAUACAAAAUCGUCUAACGAAAAUAUUGAGAAUAAUUUAAUGACAACACAAGUAACUUCAAUGAUUGAUAAUCAAGUAUCCCACCAAAAUAAAGUUGAAGAUACUAAAGAUGUUCAAAAUAAUUUUCCACAACGUCAAAUUCCUGAAAGAGAGACGAUACCAUAUUGUGAUAAAAAUACAAAUUCACUUCAGAAUGAUACAUUAACACAUGAUGUUCCAAUGACUGAUAUUAAUUUUGACCAUCGAGAUACAUAUCAUUUCUACACUCCUGUCGAGGGAAUAACAGCACAAGCUAUUCCGAUCACUGAUGUUAAUCAAAAUUAUGAUGAUAAUGACGUAUCAUACAAUGAUAACCACGACGUAAAUAUUAAUUCAUCCAGCAAAUUGAUCUCCGACAAAUAUCGAAAUUUUUAAUCCAGAAAUUAUUUUCUCAAUUCGUUUUAUGCUGAAAAUUAGCAAAUUCUUCGAAAAAUUUAAAUCGGCUUAUAAUAAUAUGAUUGUAGACGUUUUAAUUUUUAUGAAUAUUACAACCAGUUUAUAGUAAGUAAUUAAUUACGAUAAUUCCUAAAAUGAUUAAGCAAAAAAGAAAAUACAAAUUUGUAUGAAAAAAUAUAC